GGAGCCUGCCGGAGCGUCAUGAAGGGCAGCCUGGGCCGGGCAGUGUGCAUCCUGACUGGGGCCUCUCGGGGCUUCGGCCGCAGCCUGGUGCCACUGUUGGCCUCGAGACUGGCCGCUGGCUCCGCGCUGGUGCUGAGCGCCCGCAAUGACGGUGCCCUGAGGAAGGUGUCGGAGGAGCUGAGAGCAGAGUGGCCUGACUUGCGGGUGCAGUGUGUGCCGGCUGACCUGGAGCAGGAGGCUGGGCUACAACAGCUGCUGGAGGCAUUGCGGGAGCUGCCCCAGCCAGUGGGCUUACAGCGGCUCCUGCUCAUCAACAAUGCGGGUUCUCUGGGGGAUCCCUCCAAAAACAUCGUGGAUUUCACUGAGCCAGCAGAGCUCAACGCCUAUUGGAUGCUGAAUGUGACCUCUGCGCUCUGCCUGACUUCGGGUGUCCUGAGGACCUUCCCCCCAAGUUCCAGCCUGGGCAGAAUCGUGGUCAACAUCUCCUCCCAGUUUGCCGUGAGGCCCAUGAAGAGCUGGGCUCUGUACUGCAUGGGGAAAGCCUCCAGGGACAUGCUGUUCCGGGUCUUAGCAGCGGAAGAGCCUGACGUGAGGGUGCUGAGCUAUGCACCAGGUCCUCUGGACACAGACAUCCGCCAGACUGCCAAAGCAUACACAAAGGAUCCCGAAACCCGCCAGAUGUUACUUAAGCUGUCUCAGAACGGGGGGCUGGUGGACUGCACUGUGUCGGGCCAGAAACUGAUGGAGCUGCUGCAAAGGAACACCUUUCAGUCUGGAGCCCACGUUGAUUUCUUUGAUGAAUAGGUUUCUUGGGUCCUCCUUCUCUGCUCCUUUCAGAAUUCCCAACCGACCCCAAACCCUUAUGGAGGAAGAGAGGGGCCACCAUUACUGUAAGGUAUCAAAGCAGUUUAUUUCCCUGGACCUUAAUUAACACACAGCCCUUAAUGAGAGCAGCAGUCACCCUAAACACAUGGGUUAUAGAUUUAAAGCUGGAAGAGAUCUUGCAGAUAGCUAGCCAGACCCCCUCAUUCGACAUAUGAGAAAGUCCAUAGAGGGCAAAUACUUAUAGGUAACAAGUGGCAAAGCCAGAAUUUGAACCCAGCUCCUCUGACUCCAAAAUUUAGUGUAUUCUCUGAUGCACCAAAAAUUAUAAAAUUUUGUAGCUAGAAAGAAUCUCAAAGAUCCAACAGGUAUCUGAUCAUGAAUUCCCUCCAUUUGAAGAACUCCAUAGUGAAAAGGAAUCCAUCAUAUCCCAAAGCAGUCCAUUCCAUUCUUUGAUGGUUCUCAUUGCCAAGAAGUUUUUACUGACUAAAUGUGCCUCUUUGUUUCAUCCCCUUGACCCUGCCACCCCACCCCAGCAUUUCUCCUCUUUUGGGGAUAAGCAGAACAAAUACAAUCAAUCAUGCUAUCCCUGAGAAGGGGUGGCAGAGACUCUCUGCUAGAGUAGUUUUUCUUAAUUGACACAACACCUAGAGAAUAAUGAAAUUAAUAUCCCAAGCAUUCUUUUGUUGUUAUUUUUGAUUUUUAACCUUUACCUUCUACUUUAGAUUCAAGUGGU